AAUCACUUGUCACCUGUCACUCCUGUCAUUUACACAAAAACAUAACCUAAAUGAUUUGACAAUGGCUAUGUUUAGGGCCCUAGGUAGAAAUAUUCCAUAUUUAAAGCAACAGUUUGGUGCUCUCUUGGGCAAUACAAGCACCUCUGUAAAAUUUAUCUGUGGUGUAGUUCUAUUAAGUUAUGGACUGUCAUAUUCCGAUGAAGCUGUGAGAGUCAUAUCAGUAACUCCUGGAUAUCUUAUGCCGCCUUCCUUUUGGCUGUGGACAGCAUUCACAUUCUGCUUCUUAGAAAUACAUUUUUGGGAAGUGUUAGUAGACAUUAUCACAGUUGGUUUGUGUGGCAAAUUAAUCGAGCCGCUAUGGGGACAAAUGGAAAUGUUGACAUAUUUCGCCAUUGUUAAUUUUGGUGUGGCAGUUAUAACGACUGCAUUCUACUUUAUUUUGUACUGUUGCACUUUUGAUGCGGAAUUUUUGUUUACAGUACACAUACAUGGGUUGGCUGGAUAUAUUGCAGGGGUAUCAGUAGCUGUGAAACAAAUAAUGCCUGAUCUAGUAAUAAUUAAAACACCACUUGGAAAACUAAGCAAUAGAAAUAUACCUUUGACUGUAUUCUUCCUUUCUGUCAUAUUUAAACUUGUAGGAUUAGUGGAUGGUACUUACCCGACUAUGUUUUUUAGUGGUUUAAUUGUAAGUUGGAUUUAUCUACGGUUUUAUCAAAAGCACACGAAUGGCUCGAGAGGUGAUAUGGCCGAUUAUUUCACAUUUGCAAGUUUCUUUCCUAACGUUAUACAACCUCCAAUCGCCAUAAUAAGUAACAGCGUUCAUAGCGGCUUGGUGAGGAUCGGAAUAUGUAGAAAAGUUGUCAGAAAAUUUGACAUGUCAAAUCCAACGGGUGUUACCAUAUCUCUACCCGGCACGGAUCAGCACGAUAUGGAGAGAAGAAGACAAAUCGCUUUGAAAGCAUUGAGCGAACGGCUCUCAAAGUCAUACAGUGACAAACAGCCGCUGAUUCCGCCGAAAACGCACCCGAAAUCGUUAUUGCCUUCGAAUAAACUACAAGAACCUUCUUCGUCGCAACAACCUCAAACUUCACCUGCACAGCAUUUAAAAAUCGACAUACCUCCAUCAAAUUUACCCUCCAAAUCUGAUACGUAAUACGUUGACCCUUAAUCAUAGUUAUUUAACUUAUAUACAUAGAUAUUAUAUGAUUGUUACUUUAUUUUGUAAUAUAUGUCAAAAAGAAAUUAAUAAAUAUUUAA